ACUCAGCUGGUUGAACCACUAUUAAAGAAUACAUUUCGAAUCUAAUAUGGCUGCGCCCAUGGUAUGGAUGUCAAGUAUGCACACGGUUGAUUAUGUCGCCAUUGUUCAGUCAUUUCAAACAGACUGCAAAUGAUGUAAAUUUAACAAUAGUCGACCAGCGACGUUCAACGUCUCUGCCCCCAUCUACAAGUUCUCGACACUGGAUAAUCUGCAUCAUGGAACCAGGCAUUAUCAGACACAGUCAAAGGAUGCAACGUUCGUUGUGAGUGGCGAGCUGCAUGGUCAAUGUUACUGUACGUUAUGUCCUUCACAAUAGAAACUUGGCAUUGUCUGUCUUCUGAAAACCUCGAAUAAGGAGUUUACACUCAAUUAUCAUCCAAAAUGUACCCUUCAAAAGCAGCAGUUGAAGUGAUCCAGUUGGGUCGUAUUUCCUAUGGGCGUGCAUUACAGGUACAGCAACUCUAUGUUAGGAGACAUCUGGAUUCUAAAGACAAAUUGCACAAUGCUCUGCUACUAUGUGAACACCCGCCAGUCUAUACCAUAGGAAUCAGACAGGCACUAUACCCAUUCGAAGAGGAGCAAAGACUCAAACUCCUUGGUGCUGAAUUCUUUCGUAGCAACCGUGGCGGACUCAUAACUUUCCAUGGUCCAGGGCAGUUGGUGUGCUACCCAAUACUCAACUUGGGCUGCUUCAAGAAAAGCGUGCGAUGGUACGUGUGUGAGCUGGAGGGGACUGUCAUCAACCUUUGCAGAAAGUAUGGGAUAAAAGCAUCCACCUCCCCAAACACUGGGGUCUGGGUUGGAUCCAACAAGAUAUGUGCCAUAGGAAUCCAUUGUGGGAGAUACAUAACAUCUCAUGGCUUGGCACUGAACUGCAACACAGAUAUGGGCUGGUUUGAAAACAUUGUGCCUUGUGGGAUUGUAGGGAAAGGUGUCACAUCCCUUAGUCAAGAACUGGGAAGAGAUGUCUCUAUUGAAGAAUCCAUCCCACUACUGCUGGAAACUUUCAGUGAUCAGUUUGACUGCACACUGCAUAAUGGAGAAUAUUCUAAUAAUGAAUAAACACUGCUUGGUAAAUUUAACAUAAUCGAUGGACCAGAGCUCAGAUAGAGGCCCUAUUGCAGGAUAGGCAAGUGGAGGAGCUGAGGCUUAGGCUGUGCUGCAGGAUGGCAUUUGGGACGGCAGGGCUGAGGGCAGCCAUGGGCGUAGGCUUUGCACUCAUUAAGGAUAUGACAAUCAUCCAGUCCAAACAGGUUAAUAAUAGUUUCCUUCUCUGAGCAAGUUAUGUUAAAGGUAUAGACUCACUCAGCUAUAUGACAUUGUGUACAGCGGAGCGACUUCCUGGUUACAGAUCAACAACAACAAAAUUGGAAGAGCUGAGGUCCUCUGUGGCAGUAAAUCAUCAACCUUGGGCUUAUACAGUGCAUUCGGAAAGUUUUCAGACCCCUUGACUUUUUCAACAUUUUGUUAGUUUACAGCCUUAUUCUAACAUUGAUUAAAUUGCUUUUUUUCCCCUCAAUCUACACAAUACCCUGUAAUGAAAAGGGAAAAAAAUGAAAUUUUUGCAAAAGUAUACAAAUUAAAUAUCACAUUUUUAAUAAGUGUU